CACAGAACCAGCUGGGGCUAGCCCGCCGCGCAGCGCAGCCACAAAUUAAACGGAGCCCGGCCUGGGCAUCCAUUAUUCGUUGCAGUAGUCGCAGCUGACGGACGACUGAACCACCGACAGACAACAUGGCCGCCUCCGCCUCCACCGUCUCCGGCCUCGCCGGCGCCUCCCUGGCCAGCCGCCCGGCGUUCUCCACCAGCUUCACGCGGGGCAGCCGGGUGUCGGCGAGGAACCCCCUGAUGAGCAGGAACCUGGAGAGGAAUGGCAGGAUCACCUGCAUGACGUUUCCCCGGGACUGGCUGCGGAGGGACCUGAGCGUCAUCGGCUUCGGGCUCAUCGGCUGGAUGGGGCCGUCCAGCGUCCCGGCCAUCAACGGCAACAGCCUCACGGGGCUCUUCUUCUCCAGCAUCGGCCAGGAGCUGGCCCACUUCCCCACGCCCCCGCCCGUCACCUCCCAGUUCUGGCUGUGGCUAGUGACGUGGCACCUGGGCCUGUUCAUCGUGCUCACCUUCGGCCAGAUCGGAUUCAAGGGCAGGACCGAGGACUACUUCGAGAAGUGAAGCGGUUAAGAUCCUAUCCAUCAUCCCUGGUGCUGCGCUGCGUUGCGUUGCGUGCGUGCUCGCCGCUAUCGAACCUUUGCUGUAUAGGGUUCCGAUUUCGUCGAAUGUAAUGUAUGAUGCUACUUUUGAGCUUCAAUGUAAAAUCUAUGCCGUCCGGCCCCAACGCGCUCAGGUUUAAUUU